GUUGUCUCCUUCGGUCACACUUCCCCAAUAAAGGUUUUUUAGUUGCCAAAAACUAAAAAAAUUGUUGGAAAUCAACGAAAAUUAAAGAACCCUACACCGGUUUGGAACAAUAGGAAGUGCUUUCGUUAUAUCACAUUUGUCGUGUUCAACGGUCGCGUUUCGGCAUAUCGAUUUAGCAGAAACCGGCGUCGGAAUUUUCUCGCCGAAUUUUUUGCCCUUGUCGCCAAUUUGCGCUUUAAGGAGGACGCCCAUUGAGGCAAUUUUCAAUGGUGUAGAGAGGAGGAGCACGUGGAGUUGCCGAGAUGAAUUUCGAGUACAUCGGCCAUGCGCUCGGCUACCACGGACAGCCGCUGCAAAAGAUCUGGGAUGACGAGCGGGGCGUGGAAGACCUGCGAAUGAUGGGACUAACCCAGGUGAACUACAGCGUCUACCAGGAGCGCCAGAAGUACUUCACCUUCCAGGAGCGGGCCAAGCGCCUGAAGAUGCACCAGUUUCUGGCGCGCAAGGCUACCGAUCUGUACGAUCGCCUGUUGGUGGCCAACGUUAUGGAGGAUUCGUUGCUGACGCAAGCCAACAACAGUCUGGUACAGCAGCCACCCUUUGAGUUUUUCUACGCGGCGAAGGACAAAAGAAAGGCGUGGGCGCAUCGCCUGCGUGCCUUGAAGCAGGGUGGAAUCAUCUAUACCAUGGUGAUGAAGCUGGCCCCCGGCAACAGACUGGUGGUGAAGCCACUGUGCGCUGCUGACCCUGUGCGGGCUUACCUAGCCGAUAUACCCAUCAAGGCCAUCAUAAUGCAGGACUACUGGGGUCCGUUGCCCCUGGACAAGCAAGGUAACCAGCGAAGCUUCGCCGUGAAUGAUAUACUCCGAUGCGAGAUCUGCGGCAUAUCCGCGGAUACGGAACGACUCAGUCUGAACAUGAUUGGCAUGUACAACAAGUCGCUUGAUUUGAAGUUGGGUCUUUGCGACAUUUCCGAUCUGCCCAAGUACUACCGAAAUAUUCACAACCGGGAGCAUCCAUCGACGGUGCACUACGAAGAUGAACUCACCGCUGCGCUGCAGUUCCAGAAUCCAAACUACGAUUUGCUUUUUCAGCUCAACGGCCUUCAGCCCAAUGAGAACUUGUCUCUGAUGAACCAUUUAAAGGCCGGCUUCCCGGGAGCGGAAAACGCGGCGGAACUUCGGCAGAAGCAGGCCUCCCAAUGGGCCUUCCGCUCCGUGGCUGAUGGCAUUGAGCACUUUAAAAAUGGCCAGCAAGUCGAGGCCUUUCAGUGCCUCAACAAGGCUCUGAACAUUGAUCCGCGAAAUGUUGAGGGCCUGGUGGCCCGCGGUGCUCUCUACGCGAACCGCGGCAGCUUCCUCAAGGGACUGCAGGACUUCGAGAAGGCUCUGAAUUUGAACAAGUAUCACGUGAAUGCACGCAAGUAUAUGGGCGAGACGCUGGUGGCUCUGGGUCGCAGCUACGAGGAAGAGAACCGCAUUCCCGAAGCUGUCAAGGCCUAUAGCGACUGCCUGAACCUGUUACCGCAACACGAAGAGGCGCGCCAAUCCUUGGACGCCCUGCAGCGGCCGCCACCAGCUGUGGUCCCCAGUGGAGAGGGUAAGCAUAGACUAAGCGCCGAGGUGAUUAACCUGACAGGCGGCCCAUCCUCCGAUGAGUCCAGCUCCUCGAGUGCCAGUGAAAGUGAUAGCGAGGAUCAGGCUGGAAAGGUCAAGCCCAACAUAAGUCAACCAUUCUAUGCCCAAGGUGCAAUUCGGCCUCCGGGGGAGGAGAAGUUGGCAGUCAUAGACGCCCAGAAGGCCAACGAGUUCCGGCUGGACGAGGAUGAGACAAUGUCCAGUGUGAGGAAGCUGCUGCGCGAGGCCAGUAAGCACAAGAAGGCCAAAAAAAAGGGAAAGAAGAAAAAGGAUAAAAAGGAGAAAAGGUCCAGGACACAAUCUGUGGCGGAGGAUCCCAUGGAGAUGUUAAAGAAACUUGACUUUCAAGAGGCCUACAGACAAGACAAGCUAAUGAACAGCGCCGCCAGCGAGGCCGAACUCAAAGCCAAGAUCAAGAGCUAUCUAAACCAACGGGAUAGCGGAGGUGACUCACCGCCACCUGCUCCACCACCAAUGAAAAAGUUAUCAACUCAGGAUAGGGGUCCCCACUUCGACACGAUAGGACCCAGCACUUCACGACAUGCGGCUGCCGCCUCCGCAAGCGGCAAAGCAGCGCCAGCGUUGAAAUAUCAGGAUCAAAAGAAGCCCCCGGAGCCGGCUCCCAAACUCUCCUUCCAGAUCAAAAAGCGACCGCUGCAAAUGGACAAAUUUGGACUACUGCGACUGGCAACGCCAGCGGAACCAUUAAAGGGCGGAAACAGCAGUUCACGCAGCCGGAGCCGCUCACGAAGUCGCUCGCGGCCUCGUCGCCGCGAAAGAAGUGUGCGGCGCAGAAGCCAUCGCCGUGGCUCGCGAUCUGUCUCCAGAUCGCGCUCGAGGACCAGAUCGCGAUCGCGCAGGCGUCGCAGCUUUUCGCGUUCGCUCAGCCGCUCCCACUCGCCCCGGUACGGCAAUCGCUUUGGAAGAGGUUCCGGUCGCUUUAUCAACCGCCGCAAUCGCCGCUCCCGUUCGAGAUCCUUCCAGCGCAGGCGAACACCACCUCACCGUCGGACACCGUCGCCAUUUGUGCCCCGUCGCACACCCUCGCCAGGCUCUCGUUAUCGACGCACUCGCUCUAGGAGUCGCUCGCGAUCUCGAUCCCGCAGUUACAGCCCCCGUCGCUUCCCACCACGUCACACGUCGCGUGGUAGGGGACGUGGAGGCGGCUGGACUCGCAACAAGUACUCUUGGUAUAAUCACGACAGACGUAGUUCUUCCAGGACCAUGGAGUCAAACGGCAAGGAGGAUGAAAUAAGAACGGAGAAAAACGCAGGUGAAAAGAGCACUCGAAAACAGGACGCAGAUGGUGGGCCCACUAUCGAGCAAGUAGACGAGAUGAUCAAGGAUCAUCAGAAGGAGCGCAAGCAGGGUAUUAUAGAGGCCUCCAAAGAGGUAAAAGAGUAGGCUCUUAAGCGCACACAUGAACUACGAGUGUUAAGUUUCCCUUUAAAUCAUAUAAUUUACGUUUGAUUUUCAAAUUCAAAUUUGUGUAAUGCACCACAUAAGAAAUGUAAUGCUAACUCCUCAAUAAAGAAGCUUUCGAAGCGAGACUUCGGCAUGACUUGCCUACAUCAGAA